AUGUCAUCUUUACAAGGAGGUUUGCCGCGCGUGAUGCGCCCGGCCCCCGGACAGAGUUACGCGCGCUCCGGAUUCCCUCUGGAAGUGUCCACCCCCCUGGGACAGGGACGGGUCAACCAGCUCGGGGGGGUCUUCAUCAACGGCCGCCCGCUGCCCAACCACAUCCGGCACAAGAUCGUGGAGAUGGCGCACCACGGGGUCCGGCCGUGCGUCAUCUCGCGCCAGCUGCGCGUGUCCCACGGCUGCGUGUCCAAGAUCCUGUGCCGGUACCAGGAGACGGGCUCCAUCCGGCCGGGGGCCAUCGGAGGCAGCAAGCCCCGG